AUGGAGCCACUUUCUUCAGCUACAUAUUUCCAGUUUAAGCUGGAUGCUGUCAAAUCUGGAAGCUAUUCGAGCAAAGCUGGCUGGCAAGCCAUUUCAGACUCUGGAACCGCAUUCAUUGGAGCCCCACAAGCCGCUUCCGAUGGAAUUGCGAAAGCGUUCGGCGCCACUUGGGACCCUGACAAUCAGGUCUAUAACGUCGACUGCAAGGCUCAAGCCUCAGUGACGGUGACAAUUGGAGGCAAAGACUACACAACAAACGCGUCAAACAUGAUUGUUUCAUGGGAAAAGGGCUGUUUGCUUGCACUCGCUCCAUUUGAUGAACCCUGGAUUGGAUGGAUUUUGGGCGACCCGUUCAUCCGCCAAUACUGCAAUAUUUACGAUCUUGCAAGACAACGCAUCGGCUUUGCUCCAUCGAAGCAAAUG